CACGGACCACUAGGGGUCCGCGGACCCCCGGUUGAGAAACACUGUUCUAGUAUAUACAUAUGCACACACACAUAUAUAUACAUAUACAUAUAUAUCUCCUUAUUUAGAUUUUCUACAACGUGCAAUAAAAUCAUGAAUUGUAGCCAAAUCAAACGUAUUGUGUGUUUCUCCGCUAUCACGCCGGGAGCCCGUGUGAGCGGUAAUAACGUCCCACACACACACACACACGGGCGGGCGGGCAGGGAAUGUAUUUCCAUCCCAGAAUGCACGCAGCGACCUCAUCCGUUUGAUAUUCCUGACAUGCGCAGUGCGAGCUGCAAUCUGACCGCCGAGUCUGUCGUCGGGCGGAGAAGACGGACGGCCGUCCCGACGGCCACGGGACGCGCGUUUAUCCCGAAAUACAUCCAUUUGUCUAUUCGCAGCCUCGGAAGGCCCGAGCGGGGCGGGCACGCCACAUUUGACGGUCGUCAGAUGUCCGAGUGAGAGCGGACGACCCGGGAGAGACGCCAUAGUUCCCUCCCUCCCUCUCCCUCUCUCUCUCUCUCUCUCUCUCUCUCUCUGCGAGGGGACGGGAAGCUCGCCGCGGCGGAGGAAACGUCGCAGCACGUCAAGGGGGAGGACGGCGGAAAGUGGCCCGAGGCGAGGCGAGGCGAGGCGAGGCGGCGGGCGGGGGGCCGAAACCCAACGGCGGCCAUGGAGGAUUUCGGGUCGGCGCUGGAGAAGAACGUGGCCGACCUGACCGUGAUGGACGUGUACGACAUCGCGGCGGUGGUGGGCCAGGAGUUCGAGCGGAUCAUCGACCAGUACGGCUGCGAGGCGCUGUCCCGGCUCAUGCCCAAGGUGGUGCGCGUGCUGGAGAUCCUGGAGGUGAUGGUGAGCCGCAACAGCAUCAGCCCGGAGACCGAGGAGCUGAGGCUGGAGCUGGACAAGCUCCGGCUGGAGAGGAUGGACCGGCUGGAAAAGGAGAAGAGGCACAAGAAGGAGCUGGAGUUGGUGGAGGAUGUAUGGAGAGGAGAAGCCCAGGACCUGCUCUCUCAGAUUGCCCAACUGCAGGAGGAGAACAAGUCGCUCCUAACCAAUUUGUCCACUAAAGACCCCAUGAGUGAGGAGGACCUGCAGAGGCAUGAAGGUAUGUCCGAGAGGGAGAGGCAAGUGAUGAAGAAGCUUAAAGAAGUGGUGGACAAGCAAAGAGACGAGAUUCGAGCCAAGGACCGUGAGCUAGCGCUGAAAAACGAGGACAUUGAAGCACUCCAACAGCAGCAGACCCGUCUGAUGAAAAUCAAUCACGACCUGCGCCAUAAGAUCUCAGUGGUGGAAGCCCAGGGCAAAGCCCUUAUUGAACAGAAAGUGGAGUUGGAAGCUAGUGCACAGGCACGGGGACAGGAAGUUGGUGCCCUUCGGCAGGAAGUUACACGCUUAAGGGAACGUCUGCAAGAAGGGGGCCCAAACCAGAACCCUGAGGAGCACCCACAACAUCUCCCCUCACCCGCAAAGGAGGCGAUAUGCGAUGAGGACAUGCCUGCUGUGUUCCAAUAUUUUACCAAGGAAGCGUUGUAUGAUGAGGAGAUGGGAGGUCCGGACUCGAAGGACCCCAACCGACCGCGAUUCACUCUCCAGGAGCUGAGGGACGUUCUCCACGAGAGGAACGAACUUAAGGCCAAAGUCUUCCUGCUCCAGGAGGAACUUGCUUAUUACAAAAGCGAGGAGGCAGAAGAUGAGAUCGCACCGCCUCCUCCCUCCCCCUCUUCCGAACUGAGGAUCCGACCCCGUUCUUCUGCCCAGCCAGAAUCGGGAAUCAAACGCCUGUUUAGCUUCUUCUCACGCGACAAGCAGCGGAGCUCCCAGCAGACCGCCCCGUUUGGCGGCGGCCUCGGCUCGUGGCCGGGGAAAGACGACGUGUACACAGAACAGGCCCAGGAGGCUUUGCAGCACAUGUAGACGUUGGGACAGCGCGCUGAAAAGCCAAAAUAUUAACACUUCCUGUCCGGCAUUUGAGGCAUGCUUGUGGUCAGCUUGCUCGCAUUCACUGCACAUCAGCCCCGCCCAGUCGCAACUGGAACGCCAACCCGCUUUGAGGCGCGAGGAUGGAGGAAGGUGAGCCACACUGACCGGUCCGUGCGGAGCUCCAGCUACGCGUGAUCUAGAUCAGGAUGGGGCAGCACAUGCAGACAGUGGCUGUCUUAGACCUGUCAGGAAAAUAGCGGGUAUAAGUAUGUUUGGAAGAAUGCUCUUCGGAGGAGGAAAGGGAGGCUCAGACCGGAUGGUGGAAGGAGGAACGUUGUAUGUGGUUGAAUCGAAGAAGACCCCCCCCCCCACCCCCACCCCCCAACAUGAACGAUGAGAGAUGAGUAAAACAAGUACAGUGCCGUGAAAAAGUAUUCGCCCCCCCCCUCCCCGAUUUCCUCUAUUUUUGCAUAUUUGUCACACUGAAGGGUUUCAGGUUGUCAUACAAAAUGUAAUGUAGGACAGGACAGCACGCGGCCCGGGUCACGGGACAUUUUGGGAUUUGAAGCUGCAGAGUUGUUUUAAGACCGCAAAACUUGGAUGGCCCUUGCGAUUUGUAGCUGUUCCCUCGGAUGCACAGGCAGCUAAUACGGGGCUCCUUUUGUCACCAGCAUUCAGCCUAUUAAAACCAUGCAGCUCGGGUGCCCGGGCGGCAUGGCGGUCUAUUCUGUUGCCUACCGACACGGGGAUCGCCGGUUCGAAUCCCUGUGUUACUUGGUCGGGGCGUCCCUACAGACACAAUUGGCCGUGUCUGCGGGUGGGAAGCCGGAUGUGGGUAUGUGUGUCCUGGUCGCUGCACUAGCGCCUCCUCUGGUCGGUCGGGGCACCUGUUCGGGGGGGGGGGAACUGGGGGGAAUAGCGUGAUCCUCCCACGUGCUACGUCCCCCUGGUGAAACUCCUCACUGUCAGGUGAAAAGAAGCGGCUGGCGACUCCACAUGUAUGGGAGGAGGCCUGUGGCAGUCUGCAGCCCUCCCCGGAUCAGCAGAGGGGGUGGAGCAGCGACCAGGCUCGGAAGAGUGGGGUAAUUGGCCGGAUACAAUUGGGAAGUAAAAGAGGGAAAAUUCCAGAACCCCCCCCCCCAAAAAAAACAAACUGCAGCUCUGCAAAUGCAGAGUAUGGAAGAUUUGUGCGCUUUUUUUGUGCAUAGCAUCAUAAUGAACAGGCUGUGUACACAAAAUGCAUUAAGAUUCUAAUUCGUACUCUAAUUUGUGGAUAGUUAUGAACACCAUAAGUACACGUUUUUGUGAAUUGUGCUCACCGUGAAAUGGGCCUGCUUAAAUGAGCUGUCCACAACAUGUGAGUGCCUAAAAGUAGCCGUGAGUGGAUGUUGAGCUAGCCGGGGUUUGCCUCACAGACGACAUUUCUGGUUCAGCUCCUAAGAGCGAAACAGGACCGGCACACAGCAACAGCUACAAAGAACCAAAGCGUCGGUGACGGUGAAGGCCAACCAUUUUUGGGGUUAUUUAACGCUGUCCAAAAACUUUGAUAAAAUGUUGUAAGAGAUAGGAGACUCCACUCUGAACACAUGCUCAUCAUAGUGUUACGCAACACUGCGAGUUACACACAAGUUGUGAACUGUCCAAACCAACGGCAUCUUGGAACUUUUGAAUGUAUGUAUUUGAUAUCACGUCGGACAGAGAUAAGUGUGACCACUAGACGUCAACGGGCCAGGCUUACGAGAAAUUAUUGUCUAAAUUAAUCUGAUUCCAUAGCUUAGGUCAGCCGGUAGAUUUCAAUUUCAAAUCUAAAAAAGAAAUGCCAAAUUUCUGACAUUUAACUCAUCACACGGUUAAUUGAUGUGGUGGACUUGAUGCACAUCAUGCUGACGUCAUUCCCAGCAAGGCUUCCUGCACAUUCCGGCUCGGUUGGGCAUCCCUACAGACACAAUUAGCGGGUGGGAAGCCGGAUGUGGGUAUGUGUGUCCUGGUCACUGCACUAGUGCCUAAUCUGGUCGGUCAGGGCGCCUGCUCGGGGGGGGGGACUGGGGGGAAUAGCGUGAUCCUCCCACGCGCUACGUCCACCUGGCGAAACUCCUCACUUUCAGGUGAAAAGAAGCGGCUGGCGACUCCACAUGUAUGGGAGGAGGCAUGUGGUAGUCUGCAGCCCUCCCCGGAUUGGCAGAGGGGAUGGAGCAGCAACCGGGAUGGUGCAGAAGAGUGGGGUUAUUGGCCAAGUAAAGUACAACUGAGGAGAAGAAGGGCGACAAAAAAAUCCACCCCGAAUGUGGGCAUCCAUUUGUUGUCAGCAUGCAUGUGAGCAAAAGCGACAGUAACAGUAAUGCUUCUGUACCCAGACAGCAUCCGGAUGUGGGCCACUUCAGGCACCGAUGCAGCACUGAUGGCCUUCUUCUGGCCCUGACAAAAUGGAUGUGAGGCUGAAGUGGCCCACAUGUAUAAUAACAAAUAUGGCCCAGAUAUCACAAAACCAACAUGGGCCAUCUUUGGCAAGUAUGUGGCACAUGCGGCAUGGCUAUGGCUUGGUUCUGGCCCAGAUCUGGCAAACAAGGAGCGGACCACCCAAGUGCCAUCAUUCCACGUGGUAUGUGGGCCGGAUGAAAAUGUCAGUGUGGGAUGGGUCCGGGCCACAGCAGUUUUGCUAUCUGGGUCUGUGCCAUUUUCUCGUUCCGUUUUACGGAAAGUCACGUGCAAGUCCAUGCACCAUGUGGCAGUUCAGUGUCUCUUCCUCAUCUACAAAAUAUGCACAAAGCGUGACAAAAGUACCUUUUCCAAAUUCUUUAAGGUGUUGUGGUGAAUUUGCAUGCAUAUAUAAUCCACCGAGCUGCAGCUGUUUAACUGAAAUGCCACCUUUAACAAGCUCAUCGAUACUUAUUCCUGCAUCCCAAGGUGUAUUUUGUUAGAGGAGGAACAGGCGAACACGGAGAAAGUGUAUUUUUAUCAGAACAACUACAGGUCCUUGACUCAUGUAUGUGAAUUUGCAGCAGGUUCUAAAGGUUGUGAGUCAUUUUCUUUUGAGAUGUGUGUACUUGUCAAGUCAGAAGGGCAACACCAGACUGCACCAUUUUGCAGUGGAGUUUGACAUGUUCUACACUUGGGAGACAACAACUGUUCACAUUGGGGCAAACCACCCAUAA